AUGGAUGCCUACUACGAGGAUAAGUUGCAUAUCCCGCCCGAUGUGGAUGCAUUGCUCGCGAACUUACCGCCGCCAGACUGGCGAAAGGAGGUUUGCAUAAAAGUUGAGCAGGAGAAUAAAAAUAUUUUGCGUUUAGAAGCAUUGGCGCUCAAAAAAGUGCAGUCGUGCCAGCAGGUGGUUCGCUUUGUGAGCAACGGCUGCGUUGAUGGUAUGAACUAUUUAGUGAUGGAAAAGUUAGGACCGAACCUGACCGAGCUACGACGCAGGAGCCCGCAUGGUACCUUUAACAUUUACACAACCCUGAAGGCUGGUAUUUCUUGUCUAACCGCCAUUCGUGGUGUGCAUGAGCAAGGGCUCGUGCACCGCGAUAUCAAGCCCUCCAACUUUAUCACCGGGAUCCCGGGUUCGCCGGAUCGGGCAACUUGCUACCUCAUCGACUUCGGCCUCGCGCGCCGCUACCGCCGCUCAAACGGGGAGCUCCGGCCUUCGCGAAAAAAUGCGGGAUUCCGCGGAACGAGCCGCUACGCCUCCGUGGCCUCCCAUCGCCGGUUGGAGCUCGGCCGCGUCGAUGAUCUCUGGAGCUUGCUUUUUAUGCUGGUGGAGUUCGCAACUGGCACUCUGCCCUGGCGUAAGUACAAGGAUAAGGACGAUAUUGGACGAUGUAAAGAGGAAUCGAUCACACCGCAGCUCGUGCGUAACCUACCGCGCGAGUUCCAAGCAUUUUUAGCCCACCUCCAAACCUUACUCUACGAGGACGAGCCCGAUUACGAUUACUUACUUUCCCUCAUCUAUCGCGCGCUGGCGCGGCGAGGGUACCCACCGAAUAAGCCGGUGGACUGGGAGCUCGACCCCGUUACCAUCGAGCAGGUCGCAGAGGAGGAGAUUCGGAUGUCGCUGUAUAGGCGGAAUGAUGCGAAUAAAAACCACGUGGAGAAGCGAAAUCAUCAAAGUGGUGGAGCACCAGGUGUAGAUGCGCAGCGAGAGGUCCCCAAUGCGGAGCUGAAGGAUCACGAUUCUCGCCCGUCCAAUCAAUGCCCUCCGCUGAAGCCUAGCGAAGUGGCGGUGCUUGGUCUCAGUCCUGUUCAGGAAAUCUUUCAGGAAAUGGGAGGCGACCCCCAAAAAUGCAAACAGCACCUGCUGCCCGUCAACAAAAAUCAGCCCUCCCGUCUCGUUUCUCCCAUCCAAGAGUUCGGCGCUCAUUGUAAUUCUAUCCACAUCAGCGAGGUGGAGCUUCGCCAUCGCCGAAACGGCAAAGACCCGGAGGAGAACAAGCAAGACGCCGUCGGUUCACCCGUCCAUAGCUUGAGAGACGCCAGCGGGGCGGUUUGGCAGGAAAAGAUACCCGAGUGCCUUGCGGUCGGCAUCCGAGAUAACGGAGCGACGCGGAAGGAAGAUGGUUUAUAUAAAGGGAAGCAGUCCCCACCAUGGCUGAGAGAGAGCCCCAUGAGCUCCGCAACCGUGGAUAUGGAUCAGAACAAUUUUUCAUCUCGAGAAUGCAGCAGGGUGUCCAACAAGCACUCAUUUUUAGGGAAGAAAGGAAAGCGGAAGAGGGGUGAAAAACCCGGAAACAGUCUAUCAAACAGUUUAUUUAUGGAGUAUGACCAUCAAAGCAGCAUCUUGCAUACGACGUCAGGGCCAUGCUUAAUGUCUCAUAGAAAUAAACAUUUAGACGCAAUACAGAAAACAACUCCCGAUACGAACAAGGCAGGAUCAUCGAAACCCUUGAAUGACAUAUCAGGAGUAAAGAAAAAAGAAAAGUCAAGUUGUAAAUGUUUUAUCAUGUAG